AUGCUGCAGUCAAGUCCCCAGUUAUCCGUUGUUCAUCCGGCGUACACAAUAGAGCGAUACAUGGCCUGCUACCCAAUGAAUCAUAAAAAUCGUGGAAAAGCGAUAAUUUUUACUCAUGCUGUGUUUGAGGACGAAAAAUUGCCAACUCGUGAAGGAGAAAAAGAAGAUUGCCAGCUGCUGAAUGAAUCUUUGGAAAGGCUUGGCUUCGAGGUGGUCAUCUACCGCGAUCAACGUUUGAAGGAUAUUUUAAAGAUUACUAAAAAAGUUUCAAAAAUGGAUCACAGCAACAGUGACUGCCUAGUCGUAGCGAUUCUAACCCACGGUGAAGAAGGAGAAAUUGUCCACGCUUAUGAUUGUCAAUACGAAAUAUCCAGUAUUUGGACCCAAUUCACCGGCGACCGUUGCCCAACAUUGAUCAGCAAACCGAAGAUCUUUUUCAUCCAAGCUUGUCGAGGGCAGGAAGUUGACUCAGGGGUCAAAAUCGAAAAGGAUGGUAUAGCUCGCUUCAGUAUUCCGACGCAUGCGGAUUUUCUGUUUGCCUAUGCAACAAUACCUAAACACACGGCGUUCCGGAACACUAGCAGUGGUUCCUGGUUUAUUCAAGAACUGUGCCACGAGUUGAACGAAAACGGACAACGAUACGAUUUACAGACUCUGCUGACUUUUGUUGUUCAAAGAGUGGCACAUAAUUAUGAAUCUGAAAUGCCAAGAACUCCAGAAUAUCAUCUGAAAAAGCAGACACCAUGCUUUGUUUCAAUGUUAACCAGACUGUUACUGUUUAAUAAAGUUUAG